ACUUUCCGACCUGAAGAUCACUGAAGUCAUGAUUUGUUGUAUUUUUCAGAGUUCUCAGAUGUUUUGAACGCGAUAUAUGGCUUUGUGGCUGUGGUAACUAGUCUGACUUUUUGUACUACUACCCUUUAAUAUUUUGUUUUAACGGAAAGUAACCAUAUUUCUGUUAGUUCUUGAGAUAGUAUAUACAAACGUCCAUAUUUAGUAACAACUUUCGGGAGUUAAUCUUUCUAAAAUCCACCAACUCUGAAGAAAGCGCGAAAUCAACAGUUUCCAUGGCGACGAAGCUUCGCUACUACUUGUUGCUUGCAGGCGCUGGUUGAUUUUCACAUGCUAUCCCACACGGCUAGCUAGCUAACCAAGUGAUAAUGUCAUCUGGAUCCCAAAAUUCCAUAUCCAAAGAUAGUCAUUUAUCUAUUUACAAAGCCUCUGAAUUGUUUGAUGAUGGAUUAUUGCACGAGAUUCCAACAACAAGUAAGUAAAUUAACCUGACUAGCAAGCUACACUACGGUAUGUGGACAUCUGCUCGUCGAAUAUCUCAUUCCAAAAUCAUGGGCAUUAAUAUGGAGUUGGUCCCCCCUUUGCUACUAUAACAGCCUCCACUCUUCUGGGAAGGCUUUCCACUAGAUGUUGGAACAUUGCAGUGGGGACUUGCUCCAUUCAGCCACAAGAGCGUUAGUGAGGUCGGGCACUGAUGUUGGGGGAUUAGGCCUGGCUCGCAGUCGGUGUUCCAAUUCAUCCCAAAGGUGUUAGAUGGAGUUGAGGUCAGGGCUCUGUGCAGGCCAGUCAAGUUCUUCCACACCGAUCUCGACAAACCAUUUCUGUAUGGACCUUGCUUUGUGCACAGGGGCAGUAUCAUGCUGAAACAGGAAAGGGCCUUCCCCAGACUGUUGCCACAAAGUUGGAUGCACAUAAUUGUCUAGAAUGUCAUUGAAUGCUGUAGCGUUAAGAUUUCCCUUCACUGGAACUAAGGAGCCUAGCCCGAACCAUGAAAAACAGCCCCAGACCAUUAUUCCUCCUUCACCAAACUUUACAGUUGGCACAAUGCAUUGGGGCAGGUAGCAUUCUCCUUUCAUCCACCAAACCCAGAUUUGUCCGUCGGACUGCCAGAUGGUGAAGCGUGAUUCAGCACUCCAGUGAACGUGUUUCCACUGCUCCAGAGUCCAACGGCGGCGAGCUUUACACCACUCCAGCCAACGCUUGGCAUUGCGCAUGGUGAUCUUAGCCUUGUGUGCGGCUGCUCGGCCAUGGAAACCCAUUUCAUGGAGCUCCUGACAAAACAGUUAUUGUGCUGACGUUGCUUCCAGAGGCAGUUUGGAACUCGGUAGUGAGUGUUGCAACCGAGGACAGACGAUUUAUAUGCGCUUCAGCACUCGGCGGGCCCGUUCUGUGAGCUUGUGUGGCCUACCACUUCGCGGCUAAGCCGUUGUUGUUUCUAGACGUUUCCACUUCACAGUAACAUCACUUACAGUUGACCGGGGCAGCUCUAGCAGGGCAGAAAUUUAACGAACUGACUUGUUGGAAAGGUGGCAUCCUAUGACGGUGCCACGUUGAAAGUCACUGAGCUCUUCAGUAAGGCCAUUCUACUGCCAAUGUUUCCAUUGGAGAUUGCAUGGCUGUGUGCUCGAUUUUUAUACACCUGUCAGCAACGGGUGUAGCUGAAAUAGCCAAAUCCACUCAUUUAAAGGGAUGUCUACAUACUUUUGUAUAUACAUUGCUAGCUACUAACCUACUAGCAAAGUUCAGUGUCUUAUCACAUAACUGUGCUGAUUCCUGGCAUCAGUGGCAGCACUGAGCCCUCCCCAUUUGGCUAUCUAAUUUAGCUAGCUACCUCUAUCUUACAGGUACAAAUGACACCAGUACUGUCCCUAGAAGGUACAACAAUCUGGAAGAGUUGAGGUAAUUUUGCCCUUUUCCUUAAAUUACUCUAGUUAAUUAACUUCCCCACAUCCUUUUCAAAACACUAGCCACCUGUAUUUGAAAACAGAUUGUCUGCCUUUUGCACCAUGAACCAUCAUCCAUUUGGAAGCGAGUUUGUUACGUUGUCUUUCUUUCUUUACAGUGAGGAGCUCGACAGACGAACCAAGGAGACCCAAAUGCUGCAAGAAGAGGUGGAACAUGCAACUAAAAUUACUAUGGAGAAAAUGGGCCGCACAUGUCCCAGCAGCUCACCCUCACAAAUUAAUUACUUUCCUAUGUUUAUGGGUGAGUAUGAGGUUUUCUUGUGUGUCAUGAAGAAAAUAUAGCCAGUACUAGCUAUACAGUUACACAUCGGAGCUAUUGUCACAACCAAAUAUGUCACUAACCUAUUUUGAAUUAUGAAAUUACCUGUAGUAGUUUGCUGUGAUAAGUUUUCCUUAUUGCCACUAUUUUUUAUAUUUUUUAUUUUUAUACAGAUGGUUCAUCGGAGGAGAACUCAGAAGUGCUGUCACCGUACCGACAGUCUGUGAUCCAGCCUCUUACAUAUGGCCUGGAUGUGGAACUGGUCAGAAGUGGCAUAACUUUCCCUGGGAAAGAUGUUUUGGACAAUGCAAUAGGGGACUACUCUCAACAGGUGUCAGAGCUCCAUAAGCAGCUGAGUGAGGUUAGUGUGAGAUACAGUCCUAUUUUUUCUCCUUUCCUGGUGAGAGUUACAUAUUAUUGUGGAAGGCCUCUUGAACUCAAUGAUUCUAAUAUCAAAAGCCAUGAAAUUCUUUGCCACAUGAGGUGCCAUUGAUUGCAACCUUUGCUAAUACUUUUUCAGACACAUGAGCUUCAUGAACAGCAGAAGUUCUACUUCCGACAGUCCAUCAUCAAGCUGCAGACAAAGUUGCAGGAGGUCCAGAUUGAGAAAGAUGCCCUGACUGAUCUAAGGUAAUUGAUGCUGAAACUGUUGUACUGUAUACCUUUGGACAGAUACAGGCUCUCUGCAACGGGAGUAUAGGACAUGUUUUACAGUCCACUCAAUGCCCACUGGGCACAGACGUCAAUUCAACAUCUAUUUCACGUUGGUGCCACGCAAUUUAAUUGAAAUCAACCAGUGAGUGUCCAGUGGGUGUUAAUUGUUUUGUCCCUCAGAAUGAAAGAGAGCAGAAAACAGGCAGAUGUAAUUGGGAAAAUGCAAGCAAUGAUCAGGGAGCUGCAAGUCACUAAACAGACCUGGGACCAGAGGCUACUGGAGGCUGAGGAUGAAGCAAAGUCACAAAGCAGGAGAGCAGAGUCAAUGGAGCGGACACUACAGGAGGUGUACUCCACGCUGUUGGCUUAUGAAAAACGCUGUGGAAACAAUUCGUACACCAGCCAGGACGCACUGGGUGUUGCGGUGGAGAAAGUAUUACAGGACUUGGAGCAUGCAAAUCACAAUCUGAGAGAAAGCCUUCUGCUGGUAAGGAUGUGUGUGUUAUGUUUUAUUUCACACUAAACAAUUUUAUAAUAAUAUAAUAAUAAUAAUAAUAUGCCAUUUAGCAGACGCUUUUAUCCAAAGCGACUUAGUCAUGCGUGCAUAUUUUUUUUUUUUUGUGUAAGGGUUUGAAAUGUUGUUCUUGAUAUUGUAUCUUUCCAUUCAUAACUCAUUGUGCCAGCUGAAGGAGCAGAUGGAGACUCAAGAACAGAAAUGCCAAGGGAAAGCAGAGAUAAUGUUGAAGGAGCAAAGGGAAAGGUGCAUUUUCAUUAACUUUCCACAAUUCUUGUCUGUCACUUGGGUGAUUUGGGAUUACAGUCAUUCAUUCACUAAUCUGAUAGCCCACACAUUUCCUGCAUGUAAGGCUGUAUGGUAUAGAAUUUACCUUCACCCACUGAGAAUUUGUUGUAACCCUAAAACUGCAAGUAUGUUCGAGGCAAGUUCCUAGAGGUGACAUGUAAAGUUGCCUUGGUUGGGUUGCUUUGCUCUUUUCCAGAAUGGAGCAGUUUAUUACCAGUCAUGACCAGGAGGUGGCGAUAUUGACUGAGAAAUUGAGCAGCUCCAGAAGCAGUGCCUCCAGCUUGUGUGUCCAGGUGGAGUUGUUACAGUGAGCGACAUGAAUUAACUAGCAAUACUAUAUCUACACAUUUUCUGAGUUUAAUUAAAUUGAAAGCUCUCUAUUUUCCCCCAAAAUGUAUAAAGUCACUCAUCUUUUCAUUCAGUUGUAAGACACAAGUCGAAUCUUUCAGAAAGUGUCCAAAUUAAUGCGUUAUUUCCUUCUCACCAGAAAAAAAGGUGAAAGCCAGGCUUCAGUGCACCAGUGUCAGGUCAAUGACUUGGAGUCAGCUCUCUCCAUCCUGCGCUCCGAUCUACUGGAUGCCCAGCGGGGCCAUGAAGACAAGGUCACAGCUAACACACACGCCUAUUGUGUUGUAGAAUAGUAGAGUGGUCUUGGUCUUUUCAAACAAAGGUUUAGGAGGGAGACAUUGUAAUAUUCUACGUGAAAGUUCUGAAGGUUUGGGUUGUCAUGAUGUUGUGUGCCAGGUGGGUACUCUGGAGAUGCAGUUGGCCGAGGCCCAGUCACAGGUGGGGGAGGCCCAGAGAGGGAGAGACAGAUCUCUCCAGCAGGCAGAGGAGCUGGACUCUCGGCUCUGCCAGCUCACGGUAAUACAGCCCAGCCUCAGACACAAACAGGAAGGAUACUGUACAUCCAUGGCUCCCUGCUGCUGUGGAAAGAGAUCCGGUAUCUUUGCACAUUCUUUGAUUCCAGCAACCCAACGUCUGUCUAUCAUUGUGUUUGAUAUAAAUAUUAAUCUGACUUUUUUAUCAAAUCAGUUCAAACCUGUGAACUCAAACAGAGAUGUUUGAAUAAGAGUCAGUACUGUAUUACGUGUGUGGUGUCAGUCAGCGCUGUGGCAGGCCCGUGAGCAGCUGGCCAUGGAGAAGGAGCAGACCAAGCAGCACAUUUUCUUUGAAUGGAAGAUGACACCAAGGCCUUAGUUGUCAAACACUCAUUAUUUCUAGUCUCCUUUACCAGUUGUUGGGCGAGAAGCAUCAGCGGGAGCAGCAGGAGGAGCUGGCUGUGCUGCGAGGGGAGCUGGAACUGACCACAGACCAGCUGAACAGGGCCAGGGACGAGGAGCUGCGGCUGCAAGCCCUGAAGGGUAACCAGGACAAGGAGCUGAAGAGGGUCCAGGCGCUGCUGGAGGAGAGGGACAGGGAGCUGCAGCUGAGGCAGCAGGAGGUGCAGCAGGGACGGGCCAGGCUGGAGGAGUUCCAGGGCCGUUGCCAGGCCCUCAGGGCAGAGACUGAGGUGCUGAGGCUCAAGCUGGAGGACAGGGAGAAAAUGGUGGACGUGCUGCGGCUGCAGAUGGAGAGCACCACCCAGAUGACGGUGCAACAUGGACGUAGCAUCGACUCCCUGCACAAAGAGAAGAGCUGCCUCAGCAACCAGCUCAAUGAGCACAAGCUGGAGAUCCAACAGCUAAGGGUUAGUUAGUUAGAGUUAGUCUGCUAGUUAGUUAGUUUUGAUCAUCUACUUUAGUUUCAAGGUUGGUUGUCUACUACCCCUCUGGGGGGAAAACUUGGCAUACUUCUAAAUCAAGACCAGAUUUUGAGCUCAUUCAGGCUGCUAAGGGGAAUCAUCAGGCUUGUUCAUUGUCUUGGAUUGUAUAAUACUCCAUAUUUUUCUUUUUGGGUGUGUUUUCAAAGCUAUCCUACUAAUACCGUUCCAACCCUGCUGUGUCCCUCCCUUUACAGACAUGCUUGGAGCAGCGUGAGGAGUGUUUGGCGGUGCUGGAGCAGGAGAGGCGAGUGCAGCAGGCUGGCUUGUCCAAACAGAGCUGCUGUGUCAAGGAGCUGACGCUGGAGAAACAGCAGCUCACCGCUGAGCUAGAGGUGCAACGCAUGCAACUGGUCUGCCUCACAGGUACACUGGCUGUCAUAGAUGGCUUUCAUAUGAGAAUAUUCCCCUCUCACAGAUAAAAUGAUGUAUCCACUCUGUCUGUUCAUUCAAACAGUUAUUUGCUUAUGUUUUCUAUUAAUUAUGAUCUGUAUUAAUUCUGCAAUAAUAAAGACCGUUCAGUGAUUAGAUAUAAUGGCCUCCAUUUCACCAGUCUUUAGGGAAAAAUAUAGGUAUUCAGUGGCAAACGGCAAGAACAAUGAUCAAGUUGCUACACUGUGUUGGAAAACCACUACAGCAUGUAGUGUAUGUUUUUCUUGUUCACCAAGCCCUUGUGCUUUGUGUGCAUGCGGUGGUGUGUGUCUGUAUGUCUGUCCCCCAGAGGAGCAUGAGGAGUUGAAGAGGCUCCACAGCAGUAAGAGUGAAGAGCAGGAGGGUGUGGUGGUGGGUCUGAAGGCCCAGCUGAAGACCACCCGGGCUGAGCUGGACCAGGCCAGGAGCACCCUGAGGACCCUGGAGGGAGCGGACGGACACGGUCAGCACUGCACAUCAGAGAGAACAUUAUAUUAUAGCAGAGAUCUAUGUUUAUAUGGUUAUGGGAAAUCUGAGAGAGGACUGACUAGGGACACUGAUGAGUAAAUAGCUCUGGAAGUAAUGAGAAUUUAUGCUCUUUUGACCUGAUGAAGAUCCGUGUUGGAUCGAAAUGUUGUCAAUAAAUGUGGUAAUUGGGAGCAUAUUCAGUGUGCAGCAUUUCUGUUAUUUUCCAUGUUCUUUAUGUCACUCAUUGUGACAUUAUUCACCUUGGAUUUGGUUGAUUAAUUUCCCUACUCCAUUGAGUCAACAGAAAGAGAUGAGAUUAGAUAGACCUUGAUUGACUCGAUUCUCUCUGCCCUGGCUCCCCUUUCUCUGUCCAGGCCUGAAGGUUGCCAUGGGGAUGCAGAAGCAGAUAACAGCCAAGCGGGAACAGAUCGACUCUCUCCAGGGCCGAAUUCAGCUCCUGGAGGAGACCAUGGACAAACUGAACGAGGUAGGAACAUCUCAACGUCUACUUUAGUGCUCCAAAUUCUGAGUUACUCCAUUGUGUCUAUCAUUAUUACACAUGCCCUGGCUUCCACACAGAUAAAAGCCAUGUGUCCUUAAGUAAGUAGGGAUUUAAAACAGCAAGAUAGUCUGGUGUUCACUUAAAUGUAUAAUAAUCUGCCUUCAAUAUCGUCUCCCCUCCCAGGAGAAGCGUUACCAGAGUCUAGAGAGUAAGCGUCAGGUCCAGCUGCUGGCUUCAGUCACUGAGGAGAAGAGACAGGUGGCAGCAGAGGUAGAGACCGUCCGCUCCCUGGAGAGACGGCUCAGGGAGAAAGUCGCCAAACUGGAGACGGCCCUACACAAGGUGGUGUGGCACUACCUUGUAUUUACACUCACUUUAUCACACACCGUAUGAAGACAAGUGUACAUCUCGCUCUGACUGACCCCCAUUUUCACCUACUAUGUUCUUCAGAUGUCUGAGAGCUUUGUCCACUGUCAAGACUUCAUCCAGUUGCAAGAGCAGGAGUUUGUACGUCUGAAGCUGCAGCAUGCUCUGGAUGUGAAGGUACAGCUCACUACAUUUUUACAUUUUAGUCAUUUUAGCAGACGCUCUUAUCUCUUUAUGAGUGCAUACAUUUAAAAAAAAAAAUUAUACUGGCCCCCUGUGGGAACUAGGAUGGGUGUCCAUCUGCCUCUAUAGAAGUCUAAUGCAUAUGGUGUUUUGUUGUUUGAUUUGCAUUGUACUCAGAAUAUCCUUUCUCCUCUAAACUGUCUAUAACCUUCUAUGCUGUAUGUAUGCUUUUUCAAGUGCUGUGUCUUUUCUGCAGGAGCUGCAGGGCCAAAACCUGCGAGCCACAGGUAAUGCUCAGCGUGCUUCCCUCUCCAGCCCAACAGCCCCGACUGCACUACCCUCCACCCAGCACGGCUCGAAGUGCCUGCUAGAGGUAGAUCAAUACAGAAACCUCCUACAAAAUGCCUUGUGGCUCCAAUCCUUCCAGGGCCUGGCUUUGUUGAUGUUUUUUCAGCUGUGGAAAAGAAAGACACAAGCUCAGCACAUGACUUCCCCCAAAUUAAAAGCACGCCCUGAUUGCAUUCCUGUGGCAGCAUGACAGACUCGUUCAUCAACCGUUUGACUUGACUCCGCAACAGCCAGAUUUAAGCCAAUUUACUCAAAGCAUGGAAGGAUCCCAGAUAGUCAACAAUAGAUUUCUGUGUUGAAUAUACUGUAACCCAUAAUGGGUAUUAGCCAUAAUGGUAUUUUACUCAGCAUCUCUUCACCCCUCUUGCAGUUGAAGCCUCAGCGGCUGCUGGAAAGCCCCACCAUGGAGCUGCGGUCCCUAGUCAAAGAGCUGCGAGGUGUGAUUUCUGAGAACCCCGGACCACACACCAACAGAAGCACCCUCAGAAGGAGCUCUGCUCCAGAGAGGGAUCACAGGACCACACUGUAAGUCUGACCUCAGUCACUCUGAGUGUGACAUCUAAGGUCACGAUGCUACUAGUUUUUUCCCAACAUUUUUUUGUUGUGCGUCAUUCACUUGGUUUCUGAAACCACAGUGGUUUAUUUCACAAACAUGUUUCACAACCAUGUGACAUGUUUCUCAAAACAGCACUUAGUGACAUGUUUCUCAAUGAAUACAAGCUUGUGUCCUCUUUGGUUCUCAAUCAACCCAUAAACUACAAUCAUGUGGAGCUUCUUUCAUUCAAAUUUCAUGCAAUAAAAAUGUCUCUUACAGCAACGAAGUGACAAAGAAUGUUACAAGCAAUGCCAAUAUGACAAAGGGGACCAACAGCAGGUAAGAGCAUGUAUCCUGAACCUCAUGUUUCUGACUGCCUGAGCAUGGCUGUUGGCAACCGGUCCCUACCUCUGUAUAAUGGCUUCACUAAUCCUCAGGCCACAUGAAUGUGCAUUCUGUAUGUGGCUUCGUUCUGUUUGUGUAUGCUAUAUGUGCAGUGGUGUGCCUCACCCCCUUAGGACAACUGAUCUGGAUGAGCGGAAUUUAAACAGCACCUUCUCAAGCGCGAGUGAGUUUGUCUCUGUUGGUACAACCGACCACUUUAACCCACUCAACAAAUCAUGUGCUUUAUUUUCCUAAUUUCAUAUGUGUCAUAUCACUCUACUAGACCCAUUAUCAUCCCUGUGGUCCCCCUUCAAACAUGAUAUGAUCAAGGUAUACAGUUUUAAGCAGUUAACCGUUCCUCCACUUCAGACAUUGUUUGCUAUUUCUACAGGCCAUGACUUAUCUUUUGCUGUAUCUCUGCCUUGCUACACUUCGUCCCCUCGAGCCAUGGCACUGGGCCGCAGGUCCCCUGUACAUUCACUUCUGACCUCUGACCCCAACCCCACACCUCCACCACAGAGCAGGCCUCAGGCAGAAAGCCCUCUCACAGACACACACACCUGUAAGUCCCACUGCCUUCUGUAUUAUUACAACUCUGUUGUGUAACCAAUGUGGGAGACAACUGCCCCAAUUAAAUGGCCUUGGAGAACCUCCGUUACUUUACAGUAUGUCAUCAUAAUAACGUUUGAAUUUCAGAACUCUAAUUUGAUUACUUGUGGUUCCACUUGAAAUGUUUGUCCAGUGGCCAAUCCGCAGGCUGAGUUGACAGGAGACACAUGCAAGCACUUGCAAGGAAAACUGGACAGCCUCCAAAACAUAGUGGAGGACUUGCAGAUGAAGAACCAAGGUUUGUUGAACAGAGACAGUGUUUUUGUGUUCAUAUGACUGCUGUGCAGCGCAGUGGUCGGUGACUGACAUCAGUGCUAAAGAACCAAAUCUGUAUUCUGAGUUUUGAAUUAGCCCAAUGUUGUCCAAAUGUAACAGUUGUGAGAAUCCGGACUUCCAUGUUAUAUCUGCCCCUCCCUGCCUCACGUAGCAGACUAAAUUGUUUAAUAGGAAUGUAAUCAGGACAUAGAGAAUCAGGAUGUUGAUUAUAUUGGUUUGGAGAUAGGUCAAUUUCAUGAAAACAAAUUCCUGAUUAAUCCAGAAAAAUUCCAUUGCUGUUUAUGUCCGAUAAGAUAAACUGUAUUGGCCCAAAGGUGAAAUUUGUCUUGAAAACACUGUUUCUGUGAAGAAAAAUACAUUUAAAGUAAUGAUUGUUGUUUUUUGCAGAAAUGUCCUCUAUGAUAAAGGGUCAAGAGAAGAGGAUGAGAAAUGUCAAAGACAAAAGGAAGCUUUAGAAAAAUCAAGGCUCUGAGUGAAUGAGUACUUGUGUAACAAAAAUAAACUUGUAUUUAAAAAAUAAAGGCACUCUAUG